UAGCUAUCCUGCUACCACUUACCUUAUUAACUGACAAGCCAAAUAAACCGUUUGCUACACAAAUAAUUUAUAAUAAUGUUGAUUAAAGUAAAGACACUGACAGGAAAAGAGAUUGAAUUGGAUAUUGAUCCAAAUGACAAAGUCUCCCGUAUCAAAGAAAGAGUGGAAGAAAAGGAAGGAAUACCUCCAUCCCAGCAACGUUUAAUCUACGCAGGCAAGCAAAUGGCUGACGAUAAGUAUGCCGAAAGUUAUCAUUUAGAAGGCGGUAGCGUUUUGCACUUGGUUUUAGCACUUCGUGGAGGAUACUAAAAUUAUAAACGAAGAAAAGCAGAUGAUAAGACGAAUGGAAUUUUUAUUUUUUAUCCAAAAUUAAUAUUAAAAAUAGGAUCUAAUCUCCCACUGGUUUUGUCACCAAAGAGAAUCUAAAAGGUAUACUGUCGAUCUCGUUAGGAGAACGACGAGCAUACGUUUUAGAUUCUUUUACGAAAUGUAGAAAGUAAUCGUUCGGGUGAAAAGUUAGUUAUAUAUGAGUAUUAAAUGGUACAAAAUUGAACAAAAAUAAAUUCUUUUCUAGCAUGAAUA